GGGGGCGCUUCAAAAGGUCCCAGCUGAUCUUUACGUCACCCCGUCUUCAGAUGCUUUUCCUUCGCGCGACUCUCCUUACAUUCAGCGUCCAUCCAUCCAUCCAACCGUGCAGCUGCUUCAGAGAACGGAAAACCUGGAAAUAUCUCAAUUUUAUCCAUAAACCAACAAUGGACGCGUUUAUAUCGUGUGGAUAAUGUUUUACGCAGCGCAUUUUGGAGGAAGCCAGACCAUCUGAUCCAUGCCAGUGUACUGAAGUAAACCAGAAGCAAUUUGGAUUUAAAUAUUUGAGAUAAAGAUGGGGAACCAGCUGACCGAUAUUGCCCCGGGAACACCGUCUUUUUUACCCAAUUUUCAGUCGCUACAUAUAGUCGUCAUAGGACUGGACUCUGCCGGCAAAACCUCCCUGCUGUAUAGACUCAAGCUAAAGGAGUUUGUGAAGACAAUCCCAACUAAAGGUUUCAACACGGAAAAAAUCAAAGUAGCCAUGGGGGCAUCACGAGCUAUCAACUUCCAGGUUUGGGACGUUGGUGGUCAAGAUAAGCUCCGGCCAUUGUGGAAAUCCUAUACAAGACGCACGGAUGGGAUCGUUUUCGUGGUGGAUUCGACCGAAAUGGAGCGAAUGGAAGAGGCUAGAGUGGAGUUGCAUAAAAUUACUCGCAUAUCAGAAAACCAGGGAGUCCCGGUGCUAAUCCUGGCUAACAAACAAGACCAGGAAUCUGCGCUAUCCGUGACCGAAGUGGAGAAGAUGUUGGCCAUUCAUGAACUUACCAUGUAUACUCUGCAUCACAUACAAGGCUGCAGUGCUGUAGACGGGCAAGGACUCCAGCCCGGGCUUGAAAAACUGUAUGAAAUGAUUAUAAGAAAGAAAAAAAUGGUGAAACAUAACAAAACUAGGAAGCGGUAAACUAGAAAACAUCUUAUUUGCUUGGACGGAUUGGACUCUACUGGGACAUAAUCCAUUGCUUCCAAUCUUAAUGAUCCGUUAAAUGAGAGAACAAUUUGUGCCAACUAAACCACGCUCAACCUUCAGGGCAGCGAUAAUGGAUUUGGCCAUAGGAGCUGAUGCAGUACUGAGCACUCACACAAUAGUUGGCAGCGCUCUUAAAGUGAUAGCUGAAGGAACUUUUUCAAAGCAAUUGGUCUUCACUAAGUGCUCAUGGGUUUUUCACUAGAAGACAUUUUACAAGUAGAUGUUAAAGAAUAUUUAUGAUAUGCUGACAUGUCUUUAUAUUCACGUCUUAUUUUCUAUGUACGGUUGACAAUACACAGUUUAUAUAAUAUCAACUUAACCAAGCUUGGGACUGGCACAAGUAUAUCAUAAGUGGCUGGAAUAGUAACAUUACUUUAGAUAUGAAGCUCUCCACAAUAAAACAUCUGCCUCCUAAUACACAACCUAAUACGUAUAUUUAUAUUUUUACACCUGAUCCCCUACCUGAUGCUACUUUGGCAGAGUUUUGUGUGUCAGAUGCCCUUCCUGGUGCAUCUCUGUGUAUUUAUCCAGGGUUUUGGUAAGCACAAAAAUACAUGACAUGAUGGUACCUGUUAUGGCUUGUCUCUUGUUUGAUUCCCUAAAGCGAACAUCAGCCUCCUAUUGUGCUGUGAUUUGCAUAUUAAGCUGGCAUAUGUAUUUUUUAUGCCAGAUGCCCUUCCCUGUUGCAUCAAAGUCUGUUUAUCUAAGGUUUGGGCUAGCACAAAGAGUAAACGACUUGUUACCUCUUGUGGCUGGACUAGUAUAAUCGUUUAUUUUGGGUUGCUUGUGAUUUGCAUAUUAGUUAUAUGGGGUAAGGUUAUUUUUAUGCCACGUGCCCUCCCUGAUGCAUCUCCGUCCAUUUAUCCAGGAUUUGGACCAGCACACCCUGUAUUGUUUAUAUUUCUUCACACGCUCGCACAAUGUUUGACCCACUAAGCGUUUGUAUGGUUGGAUGUUGCCCUCCGAUGGUUUAUCCAGAGCUAAUGUUGGGUUUGAGAUACUUUAAUGUAAAUUGUAUAUGGAAUUAUCAAUGAAGCACCAAGAAAUAGUAGUUUUGAAAUGAUUCUUACAUACCUUUCUGUAAUUGCCACAAAGCUUUAGUACAACAGAUGUGUUUAUUAUGUACAUUUUUGUAACCAUGGAAAUGAAUAAUAAAAAAAAGCACUGUAUUCAAAUGAUAA